AUGCAACAUACAGGGAGACAGGAUGAUGCUCUUGAAAACACCGUCACGUGUCGCUUCCCCGCGAGACCGACACUUGAUCUCCAGAGAGAAGCUCAAAUAUCAUCCGAUGGGUCGCAGACAUUACUUGGUCCUUUACACACUAGAUCCGUCACUACAAUACCUGGAAUACGUCGUCGAAAUAUGGAUCAUCUUCCUCAAGAGAUUCACAACGAGAUUGGAGCUUUGUUCGUCGAUUUAUCUGAGAGUUGGAGAUCCGUGUCCCGGUCCGGUCCGGCCGCGAGACGGCAUACCCUGGCAACUAUCUCCCGUCCAUGGCAGGAGGCUAUCGAGAGACAGACAUUUCGCCAGCUUCGUCUGAGAAGCACCGACCUUGACAGCUUCGAGAAGAUUGUCAGGGGCAGCCGCCGCCGCUACCUCGGCACCAUCUUCUAUACCAUCGUGCUCCCAGGGUACGACACGGACGCUCGGGGCCGGUUUGAGCGUGAGCCGGACCGGCGAGCCAACGAUGAGGUCUUUACCAAGGCAUUGGGCGAUCUCUUCGGUAUUCUGAAAACAUGGGACGAUGAGAUAGCUGGAAAAGAACACCCAUACUGCAUUCGGCUCGAGAUUGAGGCCAUCUACUCGCCCUCUGAUGACCAGAACCUCAAUGCCGGACUUCGAGUUCCGGGUCAUGUCACCAGCCUGGAGCCAGUCGAACCUGGUAACGAGGAUGGCGUUGCUCAUCGCGACCUUCAAGACCGCCGAUUCCAGUACUCUUAUCUUGCUCUCCUUCGACCUGCAGAGCUUCCUAUAGUUACAUCCCUUGUUGCUCUCACCACUCGUGCAACCAAGAGGCCACUUGCUCCGAAGACGGCCAUCGAUAUUGCAGCAAAGUUGCCAAACCUGCGGAAGGGCAGCUGGUUCAUGAGUGAUACAGAACGACGUUAUCCAGUUUUGCGUCGGUCUCAACGGCAUGAACUUGCCAAUUCUAUCCGGGGUGCACUGCCCGGUGCUGCCGGUUUGAGGACACUCGAAGUCUGCAUGCGCCAGGAGCUCCUCUGGAACCAUGCGUGGCAUCCGGCAGACUUGACAUCCGCAGAAAUGGCCUCCGACCCUCUGUGCGGCGCCAUUCGUGAGGCCACGGGUGGUCUCAAGGCCUUGACGAAUCUCACCAUCACGGGUUGCCUUGACCAGUCUCUCUUCUGGCCAAGCCCUACUGCUCCUCUUCCGGAGCCUUUCUGGCAGAGCCUGGAGUGUCUCGAUCUUCAGUUUGACAUGACUACUCCUUCUGGAGGUUGGUACUUUAAGGCACGUACCCCUGCCGAGCACAUCGAUGCCCCAGCUACGUUGGGUUCGGAUGCUCUGCUACCUCCUGGAUACGGCCAGAGUGAAGAAGAAGAUAUGGUAGCAGCACUUCAGUAUUCAGACUCGGAGAACCAGCGACGGUCAGGUGACUCGAUGUGUCUGUUCCGCUGGGUGCCGGAUGAAACGACCAUCGUGCCCCUGAUUGAGGCCUUUGGUCGAGCGUGCGCUCAGAUGCCCGCGCUGAGGAUUGCCUCCCUCACGACGACAAUUCAAGUGCCGCUUCAAGUUCAUCAAUGGCGCAGCGUGCCUGUACGGUCUCCAUGGGGCGUGUCGUACGCUGCUCCCAGAGCCGAGUUCUCAAGGCAGUGGCAGCUUGACCCUGCAUUCCGUGAGAAUAUACACCAACGGAGGAUCUUUUGGGAUGUCAAGGACUGGCUCCCGGGUAGCCAUCUCCGAAGGGCAAUGAGCGAGAUUGGGCGAGACCGGUACGGUGAUGAGUUGGUCGAGAAGCACGUCGACUUCUGGGCAGCCGUUAUGAAGCCGCGAGAGUUAGCGCGGUUCAGAUGCUCCUAUUGGUGA